AUGUCUGCUACUGUUAGAGUUGUGCCAAAUGCCGCCAAGCGGGCUUCGAGUCUCCUCCGGACAAUUCAGUAUACUCAUCCUCCAUCAUGUCCGUGCCACUCAAACCCGGGCUAUCACCAGCGUACCCCGCCCAAGCUCUCACAGAGCCUGGGAGGUCGACGCUACGCCACGCCUUCGAAUGCCAAUUUGAAGGAGUAUGCCUUUGAAAUGGCAGCGUCAUCUAUUCGCUUUGGCGCCGGUGUGACCCAGGAAGUUGGCAUGGACCUGAAGAACCUUGGGUCGCAAAGAGUAUGCGUUGUUACUGACAAGACCGUGGACCAAUUGGAAGCAAUGAAACAAGUGCGAGAGGCCCUUACUCGCGAAGGCGUCAACUUCAAAGUCUUCUCCGACGUGAGGAUAGAACCAAAAGAUAGCUCUAUCAAGGAGGCAAUUGCAUGGGCAAGGCCUUAUGCGCCAGACGCAUUUCUUGCAGUGGGUGGAGGGUCUGUCAUAGACACGGCCAAGCUGAUGAACCUGUACACCUCCUACCCGGAUGCUGAUUUCCUCGACUUUGUAAAUGCGCCAUUGGGAAGGGGGCUUCCAAUUGACAAGCCUCUUAAGCCGCUCAUCGCAGUCCCAACUACAGCGGGUACCGGCAGCGAAACUACGGGAACAGCCAUCUUCGACCUCGUCUCAAAAAAGGCAAAGACUGGUGUCGCUCACCGAAAUCUCAAGCCAACGCUGGGAAUAUGUGACCCACUCAACACACGCACCAUGCCUUCUGCUGUCAAGGCUGCCUCUGGUCUGGACGUCUUGUGCCAUUCCCUUGAGUCCUGGACAGCCAUCCCCUACACCGAGCGAACACCGCGACCAACGAACCCAAUUUUGCGGCCAGCGUACCAGGGAGCCAAUCCGAUUUCGGAUGUCUUCUCCUUCCACGCACUCAAGGCCACUGUGAAGUAUCUCCCUCGUUCUGUAAAAGACCCCGAGGAUUUUGAAGCUCAGAGCGAGAUGCUUUUGGCAGCGACCCUGGCGGGGGUUGGCUUUGGAAACGCUGGAGUUCAUUUGUGCCAUGGCAUGUCGUAUCCCAUCUCUGGCCAGAAUCCAGGCUACACGCACGCUGGUUAUGAGAUUCCAAACCCUCUCAUUCCCCACGGUGUUUCAGUAGCAGUCUCUGCCCCUGCUGUCUUUAGAUUCACUGGUGCUUCCAACCCGGAAAGGCAUCUCCUCGCCGCCGAGGCGUUUGGCGUUGACAUCUCCAACGUAAAGAAGGAGAGUGCUGGAGAAGUCUUGGCCGAGGCACUGACCAAGUUCCUUGAGGACUUGGGCGAUCAGCCAAAGGGCCUCAAGGCGCUGGGCUUCGGAAGCGAGCAUAUCGAUGGACUCGUUGAAGGCACUAUUCCUCAAGCUCGUGUGCUGAUGCUUGCCCCCGGCCUUGCCUCGGAACUGCAAGCUGAAAAAGACCAGCUACGCGCGCUGUUUGAAGACGCCAUGACUCAUUAA